CCUCUUUUCAAGAAUGCAGCAAGUGCACACAAGUGGGUAAAAAAAUAAAUAAUACAAUAACUUACAGCACAUUGACGGAAAAUCUUCGAACUGACGAUGACUUUGCUGCAAGAAAUAGCGUGGGCCAUCAUAAAAAAAUGGAAAAAUCGUGUCUCGAAGAAAUGGGUGUGGGAAUGGUCUCCGCUUUUCCUGUUGAACCAAUGCACCUUUUAGAUCUUGGAGUUGUUAGAAAAAUGCUAAAAUGUCUAAUUAAUGGUCCGAAUGUAGGAUAUCAGUUGACAAAGCAACAGAAAAAUAUGCUGUCGAAAACUUUGAUUUCGUACAUACCUUACAUACCCAGUGAAUUUGCCCGAAAACCACGAAGCUUAGAUGAAAUUGCAAGAUGGAAAGCAAUAGAGUUCCGACAGUUUGUACUUUACACGGGAAUGGUUGCUUUGAAAGACAUUGUAUCUGACGGUAUUUAUUAUCACUUUUCUUUGUUGCACUGUGCAUACGCAUUGCUUUCGUCACAAAAAACCUAUCAAAACAAUUUAGAAGAAAUAAAGCAAAUGCUUAAUUACUUCGUGCACCUUUUCCCAACCUUUUAUGGAGAAGAAAAAGUCAGUUACAAUGUACAUUCAGUGCUGCAUUUGGUGGAUUCCGUUCAAUCGUGCGGUUUUCUUAAUUCAUUCUCAGCAUAUGCUUUCGAAAAUUUCUUGCAAACCCUAAAGCGAUUCGUCAAAAGACCCCGAGAAACAUUACAACAAAUAAAUAACAGAUACCAAUAUGAAAACGUGUUUUUAAAAGACAGAUAUGUGGGUCCAAAAGUCAAUAGAUGUGGAAAGGUUAUUCGAUUUUAUGGAAACGAUUUUAAUAUCAGCGAUAAAUUACCGGAUAAUUUUUGCUACCUCAAAGCAGGUAUGGCAAUACAAAUUAUAGGAUUAUCGAAGAAAGAUGACAAGGUUUAUAUGCAUGGAAAAGUUUUGAAAAACUGCUGUAAUCUAUUUACGGAACCAUUGAAAUCGAUGGAAGAUCUGGGCGUUUUCAUAGCUAACAUUGACACCGAAGAAGCGGAGCAAAUCUAUGAUGUCCAACUUAUUUUAUACAAAUUAAUGUGCCUGCCUUACAAUAAUCAAUUUGUAUUUUUACCGAUUAUUCACAGCAAGGACCUAUAAGAUGAGUUACCACGGGCUGAAGUCUUUUAGCGUGAAAUCGGUUGUGGAAAAUUACGAAAACGAAAAUUCUUGUUCAUGCAAAAUCGCCAAUCUAGAAAAAAAAGUUGACGAAAUGCAACAACAUAUAGAGAAAUUGACGAAAAAAGUUGACACCACAAAUGAGCUAUUGCGAAAAUUAACCACCGUGCAGUCAACAAAUAAUGCUCUCAUAAAUGCAAUGAGUUGCAGGCGCAAAUCUACCAAUAAAUUUCCAUUAAAAACGGAUGAAGCAUUAUAAGAUCUUGACACAGAAUUGGAAGGAAACAAGGAAAAAUAUAUGCCUAUAAUACAAGACCUGCUAGGUCACAAUGCAAUUGAAAAGUCACUGCAUAAAAUUAUAGCAGUUGAAUUGUUGCUGGAAUACAAUUACUUUGGUGUGAAGGAAU